UGAUGGCAACGAGCCCAGCACGCGCACAUCGCUUGUUGUGGAGCGCUAGGUGUCUGUGUAAGGGGACUGGUCACUGGAGGCAGCCGAUGACCGGGCUUCUAACUGGAGUGUUUGCCAUAAUGAAGCGCGGACUGCUCACUGACCCAGUCUGCGGGCUGAGUUCACGUUUCCAGGCGCUGGCUUUCGAUAACUUAGUACUGCGCUCGUUGCCCGUGGAAGCGGGCGAUGGAACCAGCGAGGAUGCGACCACGGCACGCCAGGUGCAUGGAGCUUGUUUCUCCCGAGUGCGACCUACCCCCGUAUCCAACCCACGUCUGGUGGCAUGGUCCCAGCCCGCACUGGCGCUACUCGGCUUGAAUCUUGACAAGGAAGAUGAAGCAGAGGCGGUUGAGUACUUCAGCGGAAACCGUCUGCUCCAUGGAUCCGAGCCUGCAGCUCACUGCUACUGUGGCCACCAGUUCGGAAGUUUUGCGGGGCAGCUCGGUGAUGGGGCUGCCAUGUACCUGGGGGAGAUUGUAAACCCAACUGGGGAGAGGUGGGAGAUCCAGCUGAAGGGAGCCGGACUAACGCCCUAUUCCAGACAAGCAGAUGGACGAAAGGUUUUGAGGUCCACUAUAAGAGAAUUUCUUUGCAGUGAAGCAAUGUUUCAUCUUGGAAUACCAACCACACGUGCUGGUUCUUGUGUUACAUCAGACUCCACUGUCAUCAGAGAUAUAUAUUAUGAUGGAAACCCUAAGAACGAAAAGUGCACAGUGGUUUUACGGAUUGCUCCAACAUUUCUAAGGUUUGGUUCUUUUGAGAUAUUUAAGCCAACAGAUGAUUUUACUGGACGCACUGGUCCUAGUGUGAAUAGAAAUGAUAUCCGGAUCCAAAUGCUAAAUUACGUUAUAAGUACGUUCUAUCCAGAGAUACAACAGAAACAUGCAGAUAACAACGUUCAGAGGAAUGCUGCUUUCUUUAAAGAGAUAUCAAGAAGAACUGCAAGGCUUGUUGCUGAAUGGCAGUGUGUUGGAUUUUGCCAUGGAGUAUUAAAUACAGAUAACAUGAGUAUUGUUGGAUUUACCAUAGAUUAUGGACCCUAUGGGUUUAUGGACCGAUAUGACCCAGAUCACAUUUGCAAUGGUUCUGAUAACUCUGGGCGUUAUGCCUACAACAAGCAGCCAGAAAUCUGUAAGUGGAAUUUGGGAAAGCUUGCGGAGGCUCUUGUCCCAGAGCUACCCUUAGAUAUUAGUAAAACUAUAAUCGAUGAGGCGUAUGAUGCAGAGUUCAACAAGCACUACAUGCAAAAAAUGAGAAAAAAACUCGGUUUAAUUCAUUUGGAGCUGGAAGAAGACAGCAAAUUAGUGGCAGAUUUGCUAGAAACCAUGAAGAUUACAGGCUCAGACUUUACAAAUACUUUCAGAGCUCUCAGCAAAUACACAGGAAAUCCAGCUAACAUAGACGAUUUCUUGGACAACGUUAUUGUGCAGUGUGCCUCCCUUGAAGAACUAAAAACUGCUUUCAAACCCAAAAUGGAUCCAAGACAACUUUCAAUGAUGAUUAUGUUAGCACAGAGUAAUCCUCAAUUAUUUUCUCUGAUUGGAACAAGAGUUGACAUUAACAAGGAGCUUGAACAUCUAGACCACUACACAAAACUCCAAGAGUCAACAGCAGACGAUCUGCUCGACAAAAACAAAACACACUGGAAAGAUUGGCUUAAAAAAUACAGUCUCCGUUUAGAGAAAGAAAGAGAAAACUUUGAAAAUAGUGAUGCGUUUCUUGAAAAGCGGGUAGAGAUCAUGAACUCGAACAACCCAGUCUUUAUUUUAAGAAACUAUAUUGCCCAAAACGCAAUUGAAUCUGCUGAAAAUGGAGACUUUUCUGAGGUGAGACGUGUAUUGAAGAUGCUGGAAAAUCCAUACCAAGGAGAAGAAUAUUUAGCUGAAAUCCAGGAUGAACCAUCAGAGGAAGAAGUUUUAGCUGCUUCUGCUGCCUGUAGCGCUUCCAAACCUACCUACUACAGCAAACCUCCACUUUGGGCUUCAGAGCUGUGUGUCACAUGAUCGUCAUAAUGGCCUUGCUGACCUAUUUAUAGUUGAAGAACAUAGCUAUUCUUUGACUAAAAAAAAUCAGCUAGGCCAUAAGCAAAUACUAUCUGGUUGCUAAAACAGUUUAUUUGGUUGUUCAUAAAGUUUUAAUGACGAUGGUACAAUCAAGUACACAUAUUACUGCAGUUUGCUUAUUUUAUUUAAAUGACGCCCUCUGCAUCUAGAUGUAACUGUUUGUAUAUGAAGGCUUAAAUGUCAAUUCAGAAAUCUGACACAUUUUAGUCUGAUGUUAACCUAAUAGUAACUGCAAAAGAAAGGUGAACAAAUACGUACAGACUACUUUUACCUGGAACGCAAUGCUUAUUUACACGCACAACAUUUAUAAAAGGGACAUAAAUCUAAACUUUCUUCAGCGAUUCAGAGUAUACAAUUUUAAACAACUUUCCAAUUUACUAAGUCCUAUUAUUAGAAUUGUCUUUGUUUUCUCUGUAUCCUUGAAAAGAAGAAGUGUGCACAGCUCUGCAGCACUAGCACUAUUUCUUUUGUAGUGCUUCAGACACUACCUUUUUAGAUAUCUCUUCAACAAAGAACACUAAGAAAAUGUGCUAAUAUUGGUAAAUUGGAAACCUUUUUUUAUUAUUUGCUCUGUCUGAACCAUGAAAGAAAAAUGUUGGGUUUCGUGUCCCUUUUAAAUAAUUAAGUAGAAUUUUUAUUUUGUAAAUGAUUCUUAUGGUGAAAAAAUAAAAAUAUUUUUGUUUACAUUUUGUUCUCUCCCUUUCUUAAAUGAACAGUAAACACCUUAAUAGAUUUAUAUAACACAUUUAGUUAUACAUAAUGAAACAACUUUGAAAUAUAUAUUUUCAUGAUUUCUUUUGCCCCCUUUUCAUGUAAUUUAGCUCUGAAACUUGUGGAUUUUCUCUUUCUGAGAACUAGAAAGAAACGUUGCUGACCCCUCAAGGCUGUCUCUGCUCUAUAUCUAUCCCUAAUUGGCUUUAACUGAUAACUGCAGAACAAUGCAUUCCUAGCCUUGUCUACAAACUCGAGCCCUGGCUCAGUGGGUGGAAUUUGGCUACCAAAAAAAACAAAUGCAACAAACAAGAUGUUAAUUUGUUUUAAAAAAACUUUAAGACUGAUGUUAUUUUAUAGCAACACUGCAGCAAUGCCUUGUAAUUAAAAUGUGUUUACUGUCCCUUUAAGCUACAUUUUUAUGGGAAAAUGAACGCUCAGGGCUGAAAUGUAUGGCAAAAUGUCAGAAUAUUAAAUGUGCAAUAAAAUAUUUUUCAUUCUU